CCUCCUCCUCACUUCCCCCCCUCGCUCGCUCGCUCGCCGCCGCCAUCUCGGCUCAGGCGGGCGCUGGCGGCGCCUGCUAUUCGUCUACCGCCUCCAUGGUACCUUAGCGGCCCAUCGGGGGCUUCCAUGUCGACGUAGGGGCCAGCCAUGCACUUCGUGGUGAGUCAUGUCCCUGCCGCCUUGCGGGCAGCCGCUCUGCACAUCGGCCUCCGUGCCUCCGACCGCACGGGCACCGUCAGGGAGGACACCCACGCUGAGGAGGGGCACAUGUUCGAGAACUGGAGUCUCAAUUUCUAUCCGAUGCUGAUCGCCCCGCUGCUGGCGGUCACCCUGAUCUUGGCGUGGCUGGCGCGCCCGUCCACGACGGAGGUGGUUCCGCUGGGCUUUCGCAGGUUCCAGCUGACGUACCUCUCCGCCUGGGGCCUGUGCGUCGCGGCGGACUGGCUGCAGGGCCCGUACGUCUAUUCAAUGCCAUCUAUGCCGAGUACGGCUUCAGCAAGCAGGACAUCGCUGCGCUUUUCGUGAUGGGUUUUGCUUCUUCUAUGGUGUUCGGCAGCGUCGUCGGCAUCAUCACGGACCGCUACGGUCGAAAGCGGUGCGCGCUUCUCUACUGCGGGUUGUACGUCGUGUCCUGUGCUACGAAGCAUUUUAAGAAUUAUCAGAUUUUGAUGGUUGGCAGGUUCACUGGCGGUCUGGCAACGUCGCUAUUAUUUUCCUGCUUCGAGUGCUGGAUGGUGUCCGAGCAUGUCGGUCGCAAGAAGUUCUCCACGGGCCUCCUUUCGUACAUGUUCGGCCUGAUGUACUCGACCAUGUACUUGGUGGCCAUCGUCAGUGGCUUCGUGGCCGGCGUGGUAGCCGAGGGUUUCAAGCUGCAUCCGCUGUGGGAGGGAUCGAUUGUUCAUGUGGGCGGUGACACUGGACCUUUUGACCUGGCAGCAAUCUGCCUCAUUGCAGGUGCCGUGUUGAUUUCGCUCACGUGGGAGGAGAAUUUCGGCGAAGAUAACGCCGAGCAGAACGACAAGAUGCUGGCAAGAUUGGAAGAUGCUUUCUCGCUGUUCCGGAGAGAUGCGCGGAUACCCCUGCUCGGUGCUAUCGUUGCUUGCUUCGAGGGAGCCAUGUACGUCUUCAUCUUCAAUUGGUCCCCAGCCUUGAAGAGCGCCGUGAUCCCGCCACCUUACGGGCUCAUCUUCUCGUUGUUCAUGAUGGCCUGCAUGUCCGGCACAUCCGUGCACACCGCGAUGGCCGAGAUCAUGCGGCCGACGUUCCGGCUCUUCACAGUCUUCCUGUUGGGCAUGGCUUCGCUCGUGACGGUCUCCGUGCUCCUCGGCGAGACGUCUUCGGCAGAAGAUCCAGCUCAUGGGCAGCACCUCAUGGCCAUCUUCCUGGCGUUCCUGCUCUUCGAGUUCGCGAUCGGGGUCUACUUCCCCUCGGUCGGCAUCCUGAAGAGCGAGGUGGUCCCCGAGCGCAUCCGGAGCACGGUGUACAACGUCUACCGCGUGCCCCUGAACGCCGUGGUGGUGGGCCUGCUCCUGUCCGACGUGCCCCUGGUCCACUGCUACGCCCUCUGCGCCUGCCUCCUGGGCGUGGCCUUCGGCGCGGCCGCCGGCCUGGUCGUCCUCGACCGGAGGGGCAGCCUCGCGGCGCUCGGGGAGGGGCGGGGCGCCCGCAAGCUCCCCUGACGGGGCGGGCGGGCCGGGCGGGCCCAUGGGGCGCGCCCCUGGCCGGCUGCGGCGGCAGAGGGCCUUGGCCGGUUGGCCGCCGCAUCCUUCCCUCCCUGGGGGGGGCCUCUAGUUGGGCAGCAGGGGCACCAUGCCGCAUGCCUCACUGCUUGUUCUUACAGUGGAGGCCCAUUUUGUGGGAGCCGUCGGCUACCGCGCGCGGCGCAGGCGCCGAGCGGUGGCGGUGGCGGUGUGCGAAA